CCAUAUCUAUGCACGCGACAACCAAAACAUUACAAUUCCACGAGUCCGCGACCUGUUCUACUCACGUCACCCCGCAUCCCUGAUCAAACAAAGCAUUUGCUCGGGAGCUUGAGCUCGAGCUCCGUAGGCCGGAGCAGCCAUGGUGUCGUCGUCGUCGUCGUCGCCUCGCCGGCGAGCUCUCCUCCUGCUGUUCGUCUUCGCGUCGUCGUUCUUUGCCAGCGCUGCAGCGGCGGUGUCGCGGACGAACUCGUCGUCGGCGUUCGUGCUGGCGGCGGCGCAGACGCGGCGGAAGGAUCCACUCCGCGGGCUGAGGUACUACACCGGCGGCUGGAACAUCAGCGACAAGCACUACCUCGCCUCGGUCGGGUUCAGCGCGGCGCCGGUGUUCGUUGUCGCGGCCGUCUGGUUCGCCUCCCUCGCGCUCGCCGCGUUCGUCGCCUGCUGCUGCCGCUGCUGCUGCUCUGGCGCCGGCGGCGGCAACGGCAACGGCGGUUACUCCUACUCCCGCGCCAUCUUCGCCGUCUCCCUCGCGCUCCUCCUCGUCUUCACCGCCGUCGCCAUAAUCGGGUGCAUCGUGCUGUACGACGGGCAGGGGAAGUUCCACGGGAGCACGACGGCGACGCUGCGGUUCGUCGUCAACCAGUCGGACGGCGCGGUGGCGAGCCUGCGCGGCUUCAGCGGUUUCAUCGAGGCGGCGAAGGCGGCCGCCGUGGAGAAGGCCACCCUCCCCGCCGACCUCCAGGGGAAGGUCGACGACGUCGUGCGCCGGGUGGACGCCUCCGCCGACGACCUCGCCGCGCGCACCACCACUAACUCCCGCAAGAUCCGCACCGCGCUGGAGACCAUAAGGACAAUCCUCAUCGUUGUUGCCGCCGUGAUGCUGGCCUUGGCGUUUCUUGGGCUUGUGUUCUCCCUGUGCGGGCUGAAAUCACUAGUAUACACCUUGGUGAUUUUUGGAUGGAUUCUAGUUACUGCAACAUUCAUACUGUCCGGCACUUUUCUUCUCUUGCACAACGCGGUGGGCGACACGUGCGUGGCCAUGGACGAGUGGGUGCUCCACCCGCAGGGCCACACGGCGCUCGACGACAUCCUCCCCUGCGUCGACGCCGCCGCGACGUCGGACGCGCUCCGCCGGAGCAAGGAGGUCAACUACCAGAUCGUCUCCGUGCUCAACAACCUCCUCGCCACCGUCGCCAACGCCAACGUCCCCGCGUCGUCGCCGCCGUCGCCGCCGGCCAGCUACCGCCAGUCCGGGACCCCCGUGCCGCUCCUCUGCAACCCCUACAACGGCGACCUCUCCGACCGCGCCUGCGCCGCCGGCGAGGUCGCCGCCGCCGACGCGCCGCGGGCGUGGCGGGGCUACGUGUGCCGCGCCACGGGGGCGGCGCCGUCGUCGGAGGUGUGCGCCACCACCGGCCGCCUCACGCCGACGAUGUACGACCAGAUGGUCGCCGCCGCCAACGCCAGCGCCGGGCUGACCCAGUACGGCCCCGUCCUCGCCGACCUCGCCGACUGCUCGUACGUGCGGCGCGCGUUCCAGGCGGUGACGGCGGCGCACUGCCCGGGGCUGCGGCGGCACAGCGGCAGGGUGUACCAGGCGCUGCUCGCCGUGUCCGUCGCCGUGGCGGCCGCCGUGGCCGCGUGGGUGGCGCACUCACAGGAGCGGCGGCGGCGGAGCGAGACGAGGCGGUUCCAGGUGUCGCCGUACAGGUUCCCCAUCGAGGAGAAGUCGCUGCUCAAGAGCCCCCGGCGGCCGUACCGGCGAGGCGACAGCGGCAGGAUGGCGAGGUAGAAGAAGACAUCGCCAUGGAUGGAUGGAUGGAUGGUACAGUGUCGAACACCUUGGGACGCUGCCACGCGUGUUGAGCAGUUUAGGAUGUGUUUAGUGCUUCGAUGAUUAUUAUAUUGUACUGAUUAAUGAUCUCCAUCGACCAUACAGGUUAUACAUUGUACAGCUUGAAAUGAUUUCGUGAAAGAAGUGUGUAGUUUGAGAAAA